GGUCGCCGCGCUUUUACAAACAUCUCAGCUGUAACGGUAUGAUCACCUGCUACUAGCUCCCAUCACAAGACUGUCUUAAUUUGAGUUCUAUAGGCUGUUGCAGUUAAUCUCAUUGUUUUCAUUGACAUCGGCUUACACGAAGUGAGAUCACCUCUUACACCUUCAAGUAGUUACAGCAAACCUUUGAUGAAAAGCGUUUAUAAUUUGUUUUCACGCUCAAGUAUAUAUUGCGUUCGGGGUCUAUCCAAUAGCUUUCUUUAUGGAGAUGAAAUACUAAUUUCUAAUAAAGCCUUAGAGGUCAAAAAACAUAGAAAGCGUCAAGUUAACAUUAAAACUCAUUGUGCAGAAAAUGUGUCGCUUUGUAAUACAAAGAAAAUUUUUUAUCCUGAGUUAAAUGAAAAUGAUUUGAAAAUCAGAGAGGUAAUACUUCAAAGUAAGGUAUCACUAUCACAUGGUGGUUUUGGAAAAAAUGGAUCUUGUAAAUAUCCUACAAUUAUUCUAGAAGGAAGCAAACUAAUAUCAGAUGCACUUGCAACAGGGGCGAAAGCCACAUCUUUGUUCUUUUCUUCACAGGAUGUUCUGCAAAAAGUCGGUGAUUUAAGCAACGUAUUAAGUAUCUACUAUGUUAAUCAUCGAGUUAUGGAUCAAAUCUCGUCACUUCAAUCUCCUCCCGGAGUAAUAGCCCUUUUUGAAUUACCACAACAAGACUGCUUCAAUGAAAAAAAUGCGAAGUUUCACUUACCUGUUACUCUUAUACUUGACCGAAUUAACGAUCCUGGAAAUAUGGGCAGUUUGAUCCGUUCUGGUGCAUGUUUUGGUUUAGAUUCUAUUUUGGUGACUAAAGGUAGUGUUGAUAUUUGGAAUACAAAAGUGAUACGAGCAGGAAUGUCUGGUCAUUUCCGCAUACCUGUCUAUCAAGGACUAAGCUGGACCGAUAUUAGUCGAUAUUUUGGGAUACGUGAUGGUUCGUCCUCUCAUGUUAAAGUCUUUGUAGCCGACCCUGAACCACUCUUGACUGAUAAAUUAAUCGAAUCAGCAUGGAAAAAAGACCAAACUAACCAUCAGUCACAAUAUAUUAAUGAGUGUGAAAUAUCAGUCGAGUGUGAAGCUAUUGAUUUUCUUACUCCUGAGUCAACAGAUUCCGCAUAUCGCUUACCUGUACAAACUAUCCCACAUUUUGCAGUAAACUAUAUUCCUUCCGAUUAUAACUCUGCGGAACAUGAUUGUCGUUUAGCUAUUGUUAUUGGAUCUGAAAUUCAUGGUGUUUCUCCGGAAGCUUUUCAUUUAGUUCAUCUUACCGGUGGUUCUCGACUUGUUAUCCCAUCUGCAGAUAGAAUAAACAGCUUGAAUGUUUUAUCAGCUGCUUCAGUUUUGCUAGGAGAAAUACAACGUCAAUUUUUGUGUUCUUAAUGGGAUGUAUUUUUUUUACGAAUAAACAAAUUGUUAUUCAGAAAUUUUUUUCCCUCUUUUGUGC